CUUCAACAAUGGUUUCUCAAGCUACUACUAAUAAAGUUCAAGCUUUAAUUAAAGAACACCCAAUCUUUGUUGCUUCCAAAAGCUACUGUCCUUACUGUACUCAAACUAAAAAAACUUUAGCUUCUUUAACUAAAGAUGCUUACAUCAUUGAAUUGGAUGAAGAAUCUGAUGGUGAUGAAAUUCAACAAGCUUUAUAUGAACUUACUAAUCAAAGAACCGUUCCAAAUGUCUUUAUUGCCGGCGAACACAUUGGUGGUAAUUCUGAUCUUCAAGCUUUAAACAGCCAAGAUAAAUUAGAAGCUAAAAUUAAAGCUGCUUUAUAAGUUUAUAAGCUAUAGAUUUGAAUUUUAGAUCUAGUGUAUCAUGAAAUUUUCAAUUAUUGUAGUAUUUCA